AUGUACCUCAUGCUCACGGCGGUCUCGCUCGCAUACCGCACGGGGAACAACGUCACGCCUUACAUCGCCAAUCUGGUCGGGCGCGACUUGCACAAAACGGCCGAUCACCCCAUCGGAAUCAUCAAGCAGAAGAUUGAGGACUACUUUGCCACGAUCGACGGCGUCAAGUUUGAGAUCGCCGACGCGAUGGACCCGCUGGUGAGUGCGCAGCAGUGCUUCGACGACCUGCUUAUCCCGGAGGACCACCCGGGCCGGCUGCCGUCCGAUACCUACUACGUGUCGCGGCCGGGCGGUCGCGAGGCCUCCUCGUCGGAAGACCUUUUGCUACGGACACACACGUCGGCCCACCAGUCGACGCUGAUGCGGAAGGGGUACGAGGCGUUCCUCUGCACGGGGGACGUGUACCGGCGCGACGAGAUCGACGCGUCGCACUUCCCCGCCUUCCACCAGAUGGAGGGCGUCCGCCUCUUCGACCCCGCGCUCGUCGGCGAGGGCGAGAUGAGCCGAGAGGAGUGGCUCGCCUCGGACGGCUGCAAGCUCGUGGCCGACGACCUCAAGCGCACGCUGGAGGGGCUGUGCGACGCGCUCUUCGGGCCGGUGGAGAAGCGGUGGAUCGACGAGCACGGCUGGGCCUUCGGGCUCGGCCUCGAGCGGCUGGCGAUGGUUCUCUUCGAGAUCCCCGACAUCCGCCUCUUCUGGACGGGCGACGAGCGGUUCACCUCCCAGUUCAAGGCGGGCCAGCUCACAAAGUUCAAGCCCUACUCCAAGAUCGACCUGGUCGACUCCUUCACGCACCCCAAAAAGGGCCUCACCUCGCACUGCUAUCGCAUCACCUACCGCUCGAUGGACCGGUCGCUCACCGACGAGGAGAUCAACGGCCUGCAGGAGGAGCUGCGCAAGCAGGCUGCGUCCACCCUCUCUGUCGAGCUCCGCUAG